AGUGUGCAUAAUACUCCACAUCUGAAUGACUACUGAAGCUCCAGAACUACCACCUCGCAAUAUGGAAUCUGACAAGACACAAUCCGAGACAACGUCUUCUGUCUACUCGCCCUUGGCAUUGCUUGUUCAUUGGGAAACAUUUCAAAGCGAUCAUCAACACAUAUUCAAGUCUUUUAUCAAACAGCAACCUGAAAAAGGUACUAAUGAUACCGAAACGAUAUCCUGUGUAUGUCAGAUAUGUCAUUAUUGGCUUAGGAUUGAGCGUUCAGCACUCAAUAGCCAAUGCACAGGUAAUGGAUUUCCUUGUCAUCAUUUUCAUUCUCAAGGUUUACACAACUAUCGAUGCUGUGGUUGUGGAUAUACAUGCGUGACCCAAAUUAUGCCUCCAGCGCUGUCCAUAACUACCUUGAAAAACUUGGAAGCAACACUGCCCAAGACAAGAUCCUUUGCAGAUUCUGCUCAACAAAAAGAACCAACACCUACAUUGGCAAGCACUUGUUCCACUGUCUUGAUAUAUGUACAUGAUUUAUUGAAUGGCUCUAAAAGAAGUAUCAACACAGAAAACCGAGCAUUUUUACAACGCAUUGGCAUGAAUAGUACAAGUCAAGCAUUGUUGGAGGAAAUUGGGUUUCAAUUGAACGAUGGCAUGUUUGUUCCACCCGAAUUUGAACCUGGAUCAAGUACUCAAGAGAGACUUGAACAAAUACAUCAAGAACUUUUGUUAACCCUGGACUUACUUAGACAGCAAUUUGGACCUACAAGCGUACCUCCUUCUAUGCACGAUGCAGACAUGAAGAUCAUCACCACAGAUAUGCAAACUCUGCUCGGUAUUGUUCCUACGCUCGAAACUCGAUCCGAUUCUAAUGAUGACUAUAUCAACAAUGCCUAUGCCAGCUUGGGAUUAAGUCCGAAUGCUUCUGAUCAACUGGUUUCUUGGACAUAUCAGAAACUAUUGGAGGAAUCCACUGUCUUGAUAGACCCCUAUGAUGCCAUGGACAAUUUAAUGGUCAUUGCGAAUCAUAAGAAUUCAGUUACACUUCAGACACUGAUUGCAAUUGAACGCAGCAAAGGAAAAAUCGGACGAAAUGAUAUAGGCGAUGCUUAUGCUUACUUUAGUGCUCAACCAGACACACCAGAUGAUUUGUUGAUCAGUAUAUAUCAAGUCAAAAUAGCAGAUGAACCCGCUGAGAAAAACACACAUCAAGACAAAUUAAAGAUCAUUGCCAUUGUAAGACAUAGUGUAGAACUCAUUGAAUUUCUAAAGCAAGAAAAAGGAAUUUCGUUCAACAGUACUGAGAAUACAAUGGGAUUACCUGCACAUAUGAUAAAUAGUCAGCGAAAUGUACCUGUAGGCUUGAAUAACAUUGGCAACACAUGUUAUUUCAAUAGUUUACUUCAGUAUUAUUAUACAAUCUUGCCUUUUAGAGAAGCAAUGAUUAACAAUGAAGACUAUAUUGAAGAUGAAAACAGCGAAAGAAAGACAAUUGGUGGUAUUGAAGUAGAUCAGUCUGAAAUACGUCGUGCUAAAAAGUUCGUUAGUCUCUUGAGAGAGCUGUUUAUCAGUCUUCAACGUUGUCAAGAAAGAGCCAUUUCGCCUCAAUAUGACUUAGCCUACAUGGCUUUAUUGAAUGAAAAGGAAGAACAGCCUCAAGACCAAGACAUGACUGAAACAAAAGAAAAUCAGAUGAAGACGGAACCUGAUUCAAACCAGACUGAAGGAACAUUGUCGCUGAUAGGUGAUGAAGAUAUGAAAGAACCAGUAGAUACUGAAAUGACGGAUGUUAAUGAAAAAAUUCCAUUAAGUGAAGACCAAGACAUAACUAUUCCUCUUGAUGCACCACCACCCUAUGAAAAAGUAGUAUCUGAACAGGAUCAACUUAAACACAAACCAAUGGAUCAAAAAGAACCUAUGGAGCAAAAAGAAAGACCUAGUGUGGAUAUUAUGAUGUUUGGUAAACAACAAGACGUGACUGAGUGCAUGGGCAAUAUGAUGUAUCUCGUUGAAGCUGCUCUCAAGCCUUUAAAGAAAACAGAAGAUGGGGAACAAGUGGAUGAUAUGAUACGCCAAACAUUUUAUGGAAAAGCCCGUCAAAUCCUUUCUUAUUGUGACAAUACAACUCUGGAGAUAGUUAAAAAAGAACAAGAAGAAGACUUUUCGCACAUCAUUGUGGAUGCUAAAGAAGGAAAGAAUUUGUAUGAUAUUAUGGAUGAAUACUUCUUUGCCAAUCAAGUCGAUUUUCAAGGUGGGCAUGAAGCUACUCGGGAAGUCACUGUCAAGUCAUUUCCCCCUAUUCUUCAAAUCCUUGUUCAGCGUGUACAAUUUGAUCGUGCGACAGCCAAUGUAUAUAAAUCAAAUGCUUAUAUCCAAUUUGACAAGACAAUCUAUCUCGAUAGGUAUGUUGAAGAAAACUUUGAAAGCUCAAAAGAGAAGAGAACACAAGUGGCUGUCUGGAGAACUGAACUUGAUUCAUACACAAGACAAGUCAAGAAAUACACACAUUCAGAUAUUUGCAAUAUGCCAAUUCCCGAUCUAUUAGAAGCAGCACGCCAAGUGCUUGAAGAAUUUAAGAUGGAGGCUAGUCAAGAACUGUCGGAAAAGGAAGAACAAGUCAACAAUGCAUUGGAAAUAUUGAGUCAAGAAGCUAAGCAAAAGAGACAACUUAUUGUUGAAGGAAACCAAAAGAUUCAAGAACUCAAAUCCAAGAUUGCGUCUCAGUACAAGGAUUAUACCAAAGUAGCCUAUAAUCUGCAUGCUGUGUUUAUUCAUCAGGGCCAAGCCAAUUAUGGUCACUAUUGGAUUUAUAUCUUGGAUCAUGCCAAGAAUCAAUGGUGGAAAUACAAUGAUUCUCUAGUCACCAAAGUCAAUGAGAGUGAAAUAUUUCAUGACACAACAGGGUCUACUGCCAACCCUUACUUUUUAGUGUAUGUAGAUGCAGAUAAAAUGAAAGAAUCUGUUGAGACUAUUGUUACAAAACAGGCAGAGGAUGCAUAAAUAAAACUACGUAUGCCAAGUAUAAUUUCGAUUGGCGCUGUUAUGAUUUAAAAUA